AAACCAAAUUUAUUUAGCAAAAAUAUUUAUUUUCGAUCUAAGGUGCAAAUCUUCAUUUUUGGCACGGAUGGAAACCCGUACUAACAUCCAUUUUCAUUUUCUUCUUUUUUAACUUGUGGUUGUUGCAUAAUGUAAGAUUGGAAGUAGUUGCUAAGCUAAAUAGCUCUCCUCUAAGGUACUGUUUGCUGUCAGUAAGCAUUGCGGCUAGGUAGCGUAGAUAUAAAAAACGUCUCACAGUAAAAGAUAAAACAAAAGUAGCUAAAAGUCGAGUGUGUGCCUUGCUGUCAUGCGGUGUCAGCUUGUAACAUGACUCAGAGCGUCACAGGCGGAAGGUCACGGAGCAGCAGGACGCAACGGAAGCAAGCGCGAGAACGGACGCGGUAAUUGACGCUACACGAAGUCGCCGUCUGAAGCAACCAGGCAGAAGAGGCAGGUCGUCGUCAGGUCUGAGAACAGCAGGAAAACGCCGCCUCGUAACGUUUAAAGUGACCGGACGAGCCUGGGAAGCACCGGAGAGCAGAGGCAGACAGGCAGAAGGGGAAACGCCGUGGACGGUCACACAAGCAGCGGUCUGUUCCUGGAGGAUGUCUGCGACCACAGUCGACCAGAGACCUAAAGGACAAGGAAAUAAAGUGCAAAACGGAUCAAUGCAUCAAAAGGAUGGUGGGAAUGAUGAUGAUUUUGAGCCUUACCUAAGCGGCCAGACAAAUCAGAGUAACAGCUAUCCACCAAUGUCUGAUCCCUACAUGCCCAGCUACUAUGCUCCAUCCAUUGGUUUUCCUUAUUCUCUGGGAGAGGCUGCUUGGUCUACAGCAGGAGAUCCACCUAUGCCCUACCUUACUACCUAUGGACAGAUGAGCAAUGGCGAGCCGCACUUUAUCCCUGAUGGUGUUUUCAGCCAGCCAGGUACCCUGGGAAACACUCCGCCCUUCCUCGGCCAACACGGCUUCAAUUUUUUUCCGGGUAGUGCAGACUUUUCUACCUGGGGUAACAGCGUCUCUCAGGGUCAGUCAUCGCAGAGCUCAGUCUACAGUAACAGCUAUGGCUACGCUCCUAGUUCACUGGGUCGGGCAAUCGCAGAUGGACAAGCAGGUUUUAGAAACGACACUCAGCUCAGUAAGGUCCCUGUGCUGAAUAGCAUUGAGCAGAGUAUGGCGGGACUAAAACUGGGUACAGAGAUGGUGGCAGCUGUCACAAAAACUCUGGGUUCACCCUUAGGAGGCACAGCUGGGAUGAGCAGUACUGUGACCAAUAACCUCCCUCCGUCUGUUAACUCGUCUGUGCCCAAAAAUGCUACCUGGGCAGCCAUUGCCAAGAAGCCGGCCAAACCCCAGCCCAAGGUCAAACCCAAAGCCAACAUGGGGAUGGGGGGGCCCUCCGCCAUUCCCCCACCCCCGAUAAAGCACAAUAUGAACAUUGGCACUUGGGACGAUAAGGGCUCUUUAAACAAGCCACCGUUAGCUCAGACUAUGAUUCCCCCACAGCCUCUGGUUCAACAGGCUCUCUUAGCUCAGCCCCAACACCUUCUGCAGAACCCUUUACCCCCUCAGCCACCUCACCAGCCUCAGCAUCAACACCAGCCUUUCCAACUCCAAUCUCUCCAUUCCCCUCAACACCCCCAGACUUUGCCCCCUGGCCCUCCACACCUACACCUUCCCUCUCAACCUGGCCUUCCACAGCCCCUUCAUCAGCAGCAACCUCAUCAGCCUGGCCCACCCCCAAAUCGCUGGAUUGCUCCCAGGAACCGAGGUGAGGCCUAUGGCCUUGGUGGUGGAGUCCCACUGAGUGCCUCCCCUUGCUCUGGAGAGGUGCAUCCUGUGCUGGAGAAACUCCGUGUCCUCAACAACUACAACCCCAAAGACUUUGAUUGGAGCUUGAAAAAUGGACGCGUGUUCAUUAUCAAGAGCUAUUCAGAAGAUGACAUUCACCGUUCAAUCAAGUACUCUAUCUGGUGCAGUACAGAACAUGGCAACAAGCGCCUGGAUAGCGCUUAUCGUUCAUUGGGCAACAAGGGGCCCCUGUACCUUUUGUUUAGCGUCAACGGCAGUGGACACUUCUGUGGCGUGGCAGAGAUGCGCUCACCGGUGGACUACAAUGCCUAUGCAGGCGUCUGGUCUCAGGACAAGUGGAAGGGCAAGUUUGAGGUGAAGUGGAUUUUCGUCAAAGACGUGCCCAACAACCAGCUGCGUCACAUCCGGCUGGAGAACAAUGACAACAAGCCAGUGACCAACUCCAGGGACACACAGGAAGUGCCUCUGGAGAAGGCCAAACAAGUGCUUAAAGUUAUCGCCACUUACAAGCAUACCACCUCAAUCUUUGAUGACUUUUCACAUUAUGAAAAACGUCAGGAAGAGGAGGAGGCUCUCAGGAAGGAGCGCAGUAGAAAUAAACAGUAGCCUUCAAGCAAGCUCCCAGCUCAAACUGCAACACUUUCGAUGAAGGACCUUAAAUCAGAUUAGCCAAACCACACGAAGGAGAGGCUUUCACAGUCUUCUGAAGACGACGUGUCUGAACACUCGACAAUAGGUGGACUCAUCCGUAUUUGUUUGGUGCAUCAAAUUCCCGUUUUCCCGUCUCAUGAGAAAAACCUCAAAAUCCUAUAAAGCACUUUCAGUCUCCUUAAAAAGCUUCUUCCAGUCCCCUUACUCGUUUAUGAUUUUUGUGAGCAACUAACUGAUUAACCAGAGUCGUCGGAUAAUUUUACUAAGCUCAUGUGUUUGUUUAUUUCUUGUUCCAAAUGCCUCAGAAUAUGGAGUAUUGGUGAGCUUCACCUGGCCCUAAAAUGAAUUAAAAGAUGUUGAAAUGAUUUUUAAUUCAACCUGUUUUUGUCUUAUGUGUUCAGAGUUUGAAUGACUGACAGGCGGUAAAGAAUUGGGAGGCAGCCACAAUCAUGCCAAUCACAGGAUUUUAUCCAAUGCUAUCUCUUUCUUUCUGUUUUCGUGAAUGAAACGAUUAUUUGGCAAGCUGGUGAUGAUCAGCUUGUGAGCAUCUUUUUCUUUUUCCUCCUGAUUUCUCUUGUGAUUCUGUCAUUCUGAAGUGCAUUUGUCUGAGGAGAAACCUGUUGCUUUGGUAGAGUUGGUCUCCAUUGGCCCUGUUGGUGGCUGUCUUGGCUCCGAUAUUGAUGUAAAAAUCAACCUCAGGCUCAAUCAGACCGUCUAUCAGCCUUCUUUUUUGGGGAGAACUUCCAACUAAUCGAGAUUCUCUUUUAAAAAAGUUAGCUUGACAACGGAAACAGUUUUCUCCUCUUGGUAACUCACUAGCUGAAUAAAAAGUACUCAUGUCUAACGCAAA